UCACACACUUCAGAUGGUCUCAAUGGAAAUAUGGCUGCUGUUCAGAUCUCCUGGCCCGUUCCCAUGAGGGCUAUUGGAGCCCAGAACCUCCUCACCAUGCCAGGUGGGGUAUCUGCCUCUGGGUAUCUACACAAGAAAGGAGGGAGUCAGUUCAGUCUCAUGAAAUGGCCCCUUCGAUACAUCAUCAUCCAUAAAGGCUGUGUCUACUACUUCAAGACCAGUACCUCUCCGUCACCUCAAGGGGCAUUCUCUCUCAAUGGCUACAACAGAGUCAUGAGGGCGGCAGAAGAGACGACUUCCAGUAAUGUCUUUCCUUUCAAGAUUGUCCACUUUAGCAAGAGGCACCGCACUUGGUACUUCUCAGCUGCCAGUGAAGAAGAAAGAAGGAAAUGGAUGCGUCAUUUGAGAAAAGAAAUUGACUAUUAUAAUGAUAAGAGAGACUUUCAAGAUCCAAGUGAGUCAGACUCUGAUGCAGAGAGCUUCUAUGGCCAAAUUGAAAGCCCGCUAGACAUCAUACAUGCCCCCGACAACCCGGAAGCAGAAUACAUGCUCCAAGAUGAAGACAGUGAUGAAGAAGAUUACCUUAAACCUGAUGGAUCACCUACAUCUUCAGGAAGGUCAAUUGCACCUCCUCCUUCUUACCCUCCACCUCCGGUCCCUGUUCAUCCGAAACCGGACCAUAAAGGUCCUCCACCACCAGUGCCCCCUCCACCCAGCAAAAGUGCCCCAUCCCCGGUGACCAAGAAAGGCCCUCCACCCAUUCCCAGUCAGUGUUCACCAAAAGAAGUCAUAAAUAGGGGCCCCCCUCCACCAUUACCCAGUGCUCCCCAUCUACAAAAACCAAAGCUGUCUGUGGGCUCUAUGCCCCCACCACCUCCAUUGUCUAGCCUGAAAAAACAAGUGACUGGAAAGAUGUCUGUAUCUACCUUGCCCGUGUGUGAAAGGAAGCCUAGUCCCCUAAUAGGAAUGAAGGGGCCAGCCACACUGCCCAUCUGCAGUGAGCUAGAGAGUAAAAUGGUUCUGAGUCGUGAGGAUAAAGUCAGUACAACCAGUCAUAGCCAUGGGACCUCAAGCAAUGAAGACAAGCAGUCUCUAAUGCCAAUGAGACAUAAGCCGAGUGUGGUGCCCAAGCCUCCAGUACCAAUGGUCAAGCCCAAACCUCUUCGUCCAUCUCUCCAAAGAUCAUCACCAGAUGGACAAAGUUUCCGCUCAUCUGUGGAGGAGAACCCACUGAAAAAGAAAAAUACGCCAAAGAAUGAUGCUGAAGACUCAGAUGAAGACUAUGAAAAUGUGCAAUUACCAGAUUCUGUCUUUGUGGAAACAACAGAAACAAGUAAUGUUGAAAAAUUAUUCAAAGAAGCAUUUAGUUCACCACAGGAUGGACUGUACUGCAUCAGAAACUCAGGAACAAAGACAUCAAAGGUGCUGGUUGUUUGGGAUGUGAGUUUAAACAAGGCCAGAAAUUACAGACUCUUUGAGGAGGACUCCAGAGUGUUCCUAGAGGCAGAUUUGACAUUUCCCUCUCUGGCAGCUCUGGUAGAGCACUACUACUGCCAUCCACUACCCAACCACGGCUCUCUUUGUCUGCAGAAGCCCUACGGCUACACGAUUCCCAGGUGACAUUGUCCUGUCACAGCCCAGCAUCUGUUUGCACCACAGACUCAUACUAGGCUCUGAUUCUAAGAAUUGGAAACCUCUGUUGUCCUGCUACCACAGCGUCCCCUAUAGGGCACUUUAACUGAACUCUCACUGAAAUCGCCAGAACAUGUACUUACCGAAGGGAUUGGAUCCUGAAAAUUUUCCGAAACAAUCGGUCA